UUUUAGCUUUUUUAAAGGCCCUGUCCGUAUUUCACAUCAUAAACCCUAAAGCCAGCCCUCACACAGAAGGGGACCUCGAGAGGAUUCACAUUCUUCUGCUGGCUGUUCCUACAGGUCGAACCCCCCCCUCCCCAUCCACCUCUGGACCAUGGUCCGUCAAACCAGCUGCGUCAUGAGUGUCCCCACAAGUGCCAACGCUGAGAGUCACGUCCCUGCCCCCUGGAGUGCCCCCUACAGCUGCGUGGAUGCUUCCGCCAUGGUUCCGGCGUUUCCGGGCCGGUCCUGGGCCCAGGAGACCCAGCCGCAGUUCUGGUCCAAGUUCCAGGUGUGGGAGUGGCUGCAGCAGACGCUGGACGUGCACCAGAUCGACGCCGCCAGCAUCCCCUUCCACAACUUCGACAUGGACGGCCAGCAGCUCUGCAGCAUGAGCUUCCAGGACUUCACCCAGGCAGCCGGGCCCAUCGGGCCCCUCCUCUUCCAGAGCAUCGCCGACCUCAAGUGGAGCGGUCAAUAUGGCAUCGAGAUCUUUGCUCCACUGGAUAUUAAGACAGAGGUAAACGAAUUCCAGUGCUCGAUUCCUCCCCUCAGGGAAGACUUCAACACCUGGCCGUGCCCAGGCGACGAGCAGCUCCGACCAAGGAUGAGCCCCCAGGACCUUGUUGACAUCAAGACGCCUUUCCCACCACCUGCUGCCUUGACUUCCCCCACACCCUCCAGCCCAGGUGAGAACCGGGAACCUGGGUUCUACAGCCAGAAUCUCUGUUCUACAGCCAGAACCUCGGAUCUACUGCACUUUGUAUCACUGAAAAUACGAGAGUCAAAGCGGCUGCAGAACCGUCCCCAAACCACACAACACAAGAAACACAACCCCCGCGGGACCCACCUGUGGGAGUUCAUCCGGGACAUCCUGCUGCACCCCGACAGGAACCCGGGUCUGAUAAAGUGGGAGGACCGGGCGGCAGGGGUGUUCCGCUUCCUCAAGUCGGAGGCCGUGGCUCAGCUGUGGGGCAAGAAGAAGAACAACAGCAGCAUGACCUACGAGAAGCUCAGCAGGGCCAUGAGGUAUUAUUACAAGCGGGAGAUCCUGGAGAGGGUGGACGGCCGCAGGCUGGUCUACAAAUUCGGCAGGAAUGCGCAAGGAUGGAAAGAAACAGAGAAAUGAAGUGAUCAGCAGCGCAAGGAUGGAAAGAAACAGAGAAAUGAAGAGAUCAGCAUUUGUGCCGAUCCCCGUUUCCAGAGAACCACUAAGUGAAGACUUUUAAUUUAUAUCAUCACAUCAGACGCAGUCUGUUACUGCAAAGACUCUGUGAUGCACCUUUUUCUGGUUUUUUACAAGUUUUUUUAUACACAUUUACAUUUGUUUGCAGCUGAAAAAGGACACGUCAUAUUUCACUUCUUUCCUUAGCGUGGAAUGGGUCAUCUCUCACUGGAGACAGAGUGGACAAGAGUGCAGCACGAAGGAGCACCUGGAGCCAAGUGAGGGCCCAUGGACAGGCUAACUUUCAGUCUCAGAACCUCUCAGAAUUAGGCCAACACACUUUACACAUGUUUCUGCUUCUCUGUAGUAAAGGAUAAGGGUUUCAGUGAAAAGAAAUGCGGUAUUUCAUUUGUUUGAUUUAUGGGGGUUUGUUCUUCUUGCUUUCCUACUCUCUUUAUGACACGGGUCAAUUUUAUACUUUAAAGCUUGUGUGUGUGUGUCAUUUUCCAUGGUACCUAUGUAGAGUUGUACACAUUCAGUGUAGAAAUGUGACACAGGCAAUACAGGGCAUUAAAACAGUCCAGGUGUCAGAGAUGAGCCAUCAGUAAACGCUGACCGCGUGACCUCGUUCCACAUCCUCCGUUUCACAGAAUCUGGCAAACGGGUACAGAUCACCACAGCUGCCCCCUGUUCGCGAGGCAUGAGGCAUCACCAUGCAAAACCUUUUAGCACACGCAAAACUCAGAACACAAGCAAUGAUCUGUGCAAAACCAAUGAUAUUACUCAUGUUAUCGGUUCUGCGUGUGCCAACUGGCUUUGCACAUGCUAAAGGUCUUAGCAAAUCAAGCCCUAUAUUUUAGGAGAACUGUCUAACUGUUUACAACUCAGAAAAAAAACAGGAUGGUGAGGUAAGGUACAUACUGAGCACAAACUGCACCUGUUCAGCUGAUUUUGUGUAACUCAGAGGAAUGGCCAUCUUUGCAUUUUGGGGUUUGAUCAAAUGAGAUCUGACAUGGCUAUUUUUCAUAUUCUUCAUAUUCACAAUAGUGGGAAAUAAAAGUUGCUUUUCAAUUAGUUUCUUCGUGACAUUUCAUGUAGUCAUCAGCGAUGUAAGAGAAAACCACUAUGAAUUAAGGAAACUCAUAAAAUAUUUUAAAAGUAUAACUUGGGGUUUCAUACCUCGGAAGAGUAUUUUUUAUAUCUUCAUAUCAAGCUAAAGUAAUUUCAGACUAACUAGUUAAAAUGAAUGAUUUAAUGAUUUUCAAGCCAAAAAAAUGAAGCCAGAUAUUGCCAAAGAGCCAUCUUUUUGCCUGGACAAAAUGUUACAGGGAUCUCUCACCCUCUCCAUGGAGUCUGUCACAGUGCUGAACUUCAAGAGGACAGAACUGUAUAGACAGCGCAGGAUAAUGUUAUAUUUUUGAUCCCACGUACUGUAUUAAGAACUGUACAUAUUUUAAACGUUAACAGAAAUAUAAAGUAUGUCUAUUUGAACCAC